AUGUCGGGCCCUGCGACCUUUUCAUAUGCCCAGGCCGCAAAAGGCCAAUCAGCCACUCAAGUUGCUGGUAUUCAAUCCAGCUCAAGCCAAGCAGCUUCGACAACCAGUACCCAGAAUCACGAUCCGACUGCAACAAGCACGCGAGCCCCGUCCGUCGCUGCAUCGAAUGAUGCUGAUGCUGCGAACAGCACUCGAGACACGUCUGCCAAGCCAGAUGGUAUGCCCCUGACCAACGGUACAGAAUCGAAGUCAACGAAUGAUGAAGCGACUGCCUCGAGCUCUGUCGCUGGAUCCAUACACUCCUCGAAGCCUGGAGAGAAGCCUUCGGAUGACGUCGUACCGCAACCCAAUGAGAAGCGAGGACGAGGCCUAAAUGCCAACUCGCAUGCAGCAGAUAGCAGCGAUAGCAAGAAAGGCAGAAAAGGGAAGAAGGGCAAGCACGUCGCUGAGAAAGACUCAGAUGCGGAUGAGGCCGCAGACAAGAAAGAAAUUGUGCCCCCGAAAGUCGAGCUGUCCGAAGCACCCAUACCGGUGGUCAACCCAUGGACACAGAGAGCCCAAGCCAAGUCCAAGACGGCAUCUUCGCCGGCCCGGCAGCUUCGGCCCACGGGCAUGACAAACGGUGAUUCCCUGGCUAGCGGCCCUGCCCCCGUCUACGCUGAAUCAAGACAAGGCUUCACCCUCAAUGGCGGAUCAGAGAUGGGCGCCGUACAUAGCAAGCCCUCAUCCAAUGCAGCCAAGGGUCCGAAGAAGGAGACUGACAUGACUAGAACCAAUGGCAGUCAAGGGCCUCGACGAGCUGCACCAAGAGGUGGAAGGGCUAGCGAGAAGGACGGACAACCUACCUUCCCGGCCAUGACAUCCCUGGAAAACAACUCAUCUGCAUGGCCAACCCCAGAAACAGCAGCAGUUGGAAUGAAGACCUCAACUCAGUCCGAAAACUCCGAGAAGGAGGAAAAGGAUGAGUCCGGCCCUAAUAAGCCACGCCAGAACAAGAAGUGGGAAAAAGUUGACUUCACUCCCACUGUUAACUGGGAGACUCCUAUGCCUCUCAGAGGCGGACGUGGCGGACGUACUGGUGGUUCCCGUGGCGGAAGAGAUGCUGCGACCGGAGGACACUACAACGCGGGCAACUCGACUGACCGUAUUCGAGAUAACGGAACUAGCUCCCAAACCAACCCUGUUGCUAAGCGCGGCUCGGUCGAUUCUGCAGUGCCUCGAGACGCACGGAAGCAUGCCGGACAGCCGGACAGCUCCAAGACUUCUAGAGAAGUAUCCACGGAAUCUCAAAAGGCAGAAUGGUCGAAGCACAACCAGGCGGGCAUGGUCAACGGUCUGAAUAACCAGCACCCACCUCGCAAUGCUAAUGCCAACACCAACGCCAACCAACCUCUUGAGGAUGGUGCAAAGUUUGCCGAGGGGCAAAGGGACAUCCGAGGCCAGAGCAUCAGUCAGGGACAGAAUGGUGUCAACCACAGACAGAGCGAUCGCCCUAGAGGAGGCGGCCGAGGUCGUGGAGGUUACCCCAACUCGGGCAACACCAACGGCUUCUCUCACCACGCGCCGUCCUCCUCUUAUACGCCAGGUCUUCCUAUGGCCCAGUACCCGACAAAUCUCCCACCUCGACAAGCUGUCCAGUCCUUCUCGCCUGGGUACCAGGUGCCUUAUAACGGCCAGUUUCCGCCCCAGCCCUCGGGCAAUCAUGGUCGCAAGCAUGGUUCAAUGGGAAGUCGCUCACAGCAGUCACAGAGGCAGCCAAAUGGAAGACUGCCCACCCUGCCGCCAAUGAGCAUGCCGCCGGCCUAUGACCCUGCAAUGUAUCUUCCGCCCGGGACUUCGCCUUAUCCGGAUGCCCCUACCUACCAGCUCGUUCAGGCGCAGAUUGAAUAUUACUUCUCACUCGAUAACCUCCUCAAGGACAUUUUCCUGAGAAAACACAUGGACUCUCAGGGCUUUGUUCUCUUACGCAUCAUUGCUGGGUUCAAACGAAUGCGAGAACUGGGCGGCAACUACGAUCUCAUCCGCGCGGCCUGUCAAGACUCACCAGUCGUCGAUAUUGUCAUCGGACUGGACAAUGUAGAACGAGUGCGACGUCGGGACGGAUGGGAUAAAUGGGUCAACCCAAUUGAGGAGAGAGAUGUCUCUGCCCAGAAUGACGGACCUUCAAGUUGGCAAUACUACGACCGCUUCAACCGCCCAACGAUGCCACCGCCAUAUGCCACUGAUGGUCACAUGUUCUCACCAGCUGCAAUGAACUCUACGUUUGUUCCUUAUACAAACGGUAACUCUAUGUCAUCCCCCACGAGCAACGGUUUCAAUGGUCACGUUCGGCCAUCCCAGUCCCAGCUGUCUGCCACCGUACCUGAGUUCUCUCCGGGAGGAGGCUUCGGAUUCCCAGAUCAAGCUCCAGAUGCCUCGACUACCCACUUGCAGAAUGGGUGGGGCUCUUCGCACGAUCGAGACACUGCGUCUCUGCCGAAUGGUACUGCACACAUGGACAAUGACGUCUCGCAACCUGACCUUGCAGUGACGAACGGUGUCCGCGAAGGCAAUGAAGGCCAUUAG